UAUUGAAGAGCAGAAACGGACGGUGGUUUAAACCAGUCAAUCCCAGAAACUUUCCUGGGGACCUGUCCAAUGGGAAAAUAGAAGGGCAGUUGUAGUAUUGAUAUUUGAAAAGGGGCUGUCCAAUGAGGCGGGGUUUGAGAGUUAGUGUCGAGUGAUUGCUAACUCCGUCGACCAAUAAGGAUUACGAUCUCUUUGGCCUCAGAAAAAUCUUCAUAACUCCGUCUCCAGCUGGAUAUGUACAUAAUAGCGUAAUAAUUCAUGAUUCUAUUUUUUUAAAAAAUCAUUUGAUUUCGAAACGGAAGGUCUCAAAAGCUAAAAUUGGCAUUCUGCAAAGUCUCACGACAGACAGCUCGCAGCCCUAUACUGAACAAAAGUCCCCCUAUCGAGGAGGCGUCACCCCUGGCAAGUCAAGCCGCCGUCCAUUGGCCCCACGGUCCCCAUGAUAGACGUCCUCCCAGCCCAAUGGCUUCCUGCGCUGGAGGCGGGCCUCACAUAGCGGACCUAUAGGAACCAGGAUCGACUCAGCCAAUAGGGUCAGGGCAGGGGCGUGGCGGGAAGUUUGAAACUUCGAUUCGGGAGUUGAGGAUCGAGCUGUUUUGCACCCAAAGCUGGAACUGGGGCCCGGCAUCCCUUCCUCGCCCGGGCCGGGCCCUGCCCCAUCCUAUUUCUCCUGGUUGAGAUGGGCUCAGCCAAGAGCGUCCCAGUCACUCCAGCGCGGCCUCUGCCUCACAACAAGCUUCUGGCUCGAGUGGCGGACCCCCGUUCACCCAGCGCCGGCAUCCUGCGCACUCCCAUCCAGGUAGAGAGCUCUCCUCAGCCAAACCUGCCAGCAGGGGAGCAGCUGGAGGGCCCUAAGCAGUCCCAGGACUCAGAUCCCCGCUCUCCUACCCUUGGCAUUGCACGGACACCUAUGAAGGCCAGCGGAGAGCCCCCAAGCCCACUGGUGAAACAGCUGAGUGAUGUAUUUGAGACCGAAGACCCCACAUUAAGUCUUCCCCCAGAGCCUGUUCUGCCCCUAGAGACACCUUCAUCUUCUCAACUGGACUUGCCUCUGGGCACCCAGUUUUCCCUUGAGGAUCAGAUGCCACCUUGGAGCCAGACUGAGCUCCCCUCCAGGCAGGUGUUUUCCAAGGAGGAAAUAGGACAUGCCUCAGAAACCCCUAUGGCCAGCCAGGACUCAGACAAGCCCUUGAGAGACCCCGAGACUCCUCGAUCUUCAGGUUCUAAGUGCAGCAGAUGGAAACCAAACAGCAAGGUGCUAGGGAGAUCUCCUCUCACCAUCCUGCAGGAUGACAACUCCCCCGGGACUCUGACACCACGACAGGGAAAGCGGCCUUCUCCCCUGAGUGAAAAUGUUAGGGAACUAAAGGAAGGGGCCGUUCUGGGAACUGGACGACUUCUGAAAACUGGAGGACGAGCAUGGGAGCAAGGCCAGGGCCAUGACAAGGAAAAUCAGCACUUUCCUUUGGUAGAGAACUAGGGCAUGCACGGCCUCAGCACCGGGACUCACCAGGGGCCUAGUGAUAUUCUGUGUCCUCUCACCCCUUCUUUCCCUGGGAGACUGGAAAGGCUCGUUUUCUUCAACUCCCCCUACACCACCAACUCUGGGACUGAGAGCUUCCUUGGCUUUCUUUGUGUCUUAUGUGUUUCUGUAUAUUAAAGCAAGUGAUUUUAAAUGAU